GUCAUUGCUGAAAGGCAUAAGCUGAUUCCUUCAGUUUAUGCAGUAUUAGAUGUACAAGAAGGUAAGUAUGGGCAUGCUGAUGCGGUAACAUAUUUGGGCCCAACUUUUAUAAGAAUCCGCAGUGGUAAGCAUGAUAGUAGUACCGCAUACUUAUAUAGAAAAGAUUUUGAUGACUUGAUGAAUGAGAAGCAAUUGCGCAACUACACUACAACAACAAAUAAACAACCUAAACCUGUAGUGGUGCUGCUAAGUGAUGGUGGUCCUGAUGAGAAUUCCUGGUAUAGAAAGACAAUCCAGAUAAUGAUCGAACAUUUUGAUAAAUACGAUCUCGACACCAUCAUUGUAGCAUGCUUUGCACCUUAUCAAAGUGCAUCUAAUCUAGUUGAAAGACGAAUAGCACCUCUAAAUCAUGACUUAGCUAGCGUCAUACUCCCACAUGAUAUAUUUGGAACACAUUUGGAUACACAAUUGAGAACAAAUGAUAAGGUAUUAAAAAAAAGUAAUUUUAAAGCAGCUGAAGAUGUUUUAACAUCAGUAUGGGAAAAUACAAUUAUAGAUAGUUACCCAGUUCUUGUCAAGUAUAUAGAUUCUUCUGAAGAAUAUCACUAUCCAAAUGAGAA